AUCAAACUGUUCCUUUACUUACAUAUUUCCAUUCUUGGUGUUUUAUCAACUGAAAUACAGUCUCAACCUUUUAUUCUCAAGUAUUAAAAAAUACUCGAUGGGUUUAAAUGUUUCGUAGAUCAAUCAGUUGCCUGUAUGUCUUAAUGUCUUCCCCAUUGAAUUUUUUCAAUAUCAACAUUUCAUUUUCAUAUUCAGUCUAGUGGGCCUCCUGGUAUUGGUUUAAGACCUCUGAGCUCUCCUAACUCAGUGUCUGGAAUGGGUUAUGACCAACUUAUUCAGCAAUAUCAGCAGCAUCACAGUCAACCGCAGUUCCGGUUGCAACAUAUGUCUGGUGUUAGCCAAUCAUUUAGAGAUCAAGGGAUGAAGUCUAUGCAGGCAGCUCAAUCUUCUCCUGACCCAUUCGGUUUACUUGGUUUGUUAAGUGUAAUAAGGUUGAGUGAUCCUGAUCUUGCAUCCCUUGCGCUCGGGAUUGAUUUGACCACGUUAGGAUUAAAUUUGAAUUCAGCAGAUAACCUUCACAAGACUUUUGGUUCCCCGUGGUCUGAUGAGCCUGCUAAGGGUGAUCCAGAUUUCAAUGUACCUCAGUGUUAUCUUAUUAAACCACCACCUUCUCUGCAUCAAGGAUACUUCUCAAAAUUCACUUUGGAAACGCUGUUUUAUAUAUUUUUCAGCAUGCCCAAAGAUGAAGCUCAGUUGUAUGCUGCAAAUGAACUUUAUAAUAGAGGCUGGUUUUAUCACAAAGAACAUCGAUUCUGGUUCAUUCGGGUCUCUAAUAUGGAACCGCUUGUGAAAACUAGCUCGUACGAGAGAGGAUCUUAUCUCUGUUUUGACCCUCACACAUUUGAAACUGUCCGCAAGGAUAAUUUUGUGCUUCACUACGAGAUGGUGGAAAAGAGACCAGCUCUACCGCAACAUUAGCCAUUCUCUUUUUCCUUUUUAUUAAAUGUAAAAAGGUAAUUUGUGGAUUUUUGUGUUAUUAGCCAUAGUUGUGUUUGUAGAAGUAAUAUUCUGUUAAUUUGAUAAUUUUAUAUCCAUCCAUUAUGAUGUGGGGGCCCCCUUGUUAUUGUAAUGAGCCGUUUUUGCUUCCCGGAAAAGGACAACUGUAACGAGGCAUAUGUUUGAUCACCCGUCGUUCUACAUGAUGAUAUAUUUGGUUAUUAGCUUAGUUUAGUUUGUUGAACUUUAUCAUAUUAAUAAUAAUACCCAAUUGAUUAAAUA